UCGAUGACGUCAUAAUCCCUAUGUAAACAAACCUUUGAACAGUGUGUUACGUUAUUAGUCGUGGUGUUUAGGUAGGUACGUGUUCUAGGAUUUUCUGUAAUUUGUACAAGUCCGCAUGCUGUCUGGCGAAAGUCCAUUUACAAAAUGUGGCAGUACUUGCCGAAGUUAUCGUUUUAUCCUACAUUAGUGUACAACGUUUUGUUGGAAAAAGUGACUUCUCGAGCGUGGUAUACACGAAUUGAUGGCACUGUAUUGGUUGGCGCCUUGCCGUUUCGUUCCAUGACAAAAACUCUCGUAGAAAAUGAAGGUGUAAAAGGAGUUGUUACAAUGAAUGAAGAUUAUGAACUCAAAAGAUUUGUAAACACGCCAGAAGAAUGGAAAGAGAGUGGUGUCACACAACUUAAGCUAACUACAGUAGAUCUAAUAGCUGCGCCUUCACAAGUUGACCUUAAAAAAGGUGUUGAUUUCAUUCUAGAGCAUCGGGCGCGUUCUGAGAGCGUAUACGUCCACUGUAAAGCGGGCAGAACACGCAGUGCAACUGUUGCAGUCUGUUAUUUAAUGACAGCGUAUAACUGGACACCGACUGAAGCUAUUAACAAAUUAAAAUCGCAACGACCGCACGUUUGGCUAAGAAAACCUCAGCUUGAUUCUAUAGACUGUUUUUAUAAAGAAAAUUUUGAUAAAAUUAAGAACAUGGGUGUUGGGUCACAAGUUUAAUAGUCACUUAUAAUUAUGUUUGUUUGUUUUUUAUGCUC